CACCAACAAUGGACUGAGACUGAGCCAACACAAGCCACAGGAUAAACUUCUCGCCACGAGAGCUCGAUUCUCAUGGCUUCUUCUCUAGUAGAGCUCGGCGGAGGCGUCUGCGGGUUCUUCAUCGCAGCUCGGAGACCCAAGUCCCUCAAGACUCAUCAGAGAUGGCGGGUCAGAGCUUCCUCUGCCGCCCCUGGCAUCGACUUCAAGGCUCUCGAAUCUGCCAUUGAUAAGAAAGAUAGCAAUGCAGUGAAGGAGGCUCUCAAUCAGUUGAGCGAAACGGGUUGGGCCAAGAAAUGGAGUUCUCAGCCCUAUGUCUCGCGUCGCAUGACAUCUCUUAGGGAGCUGACAACUCUUGGCAUAAAGAAUGCGGAAAACCUUGCCAUCCCGAGCGUCAGAAAUGAUGCGGCAUUUCUUUUUACAGUGGUGGGAACAACCGGAUUUUUGGCUGUUCUAGCUGGUCAGCUUCCCGGGGACUGGGGAUUCUUCCUGCCAUACCUGAUCGGGAGUAUUUCUCUUGUAGUUUUGGCUACUGGGAGCAUUUCCCCGGGUCUUCUUCAAGCUGCUAUCAGCGGAUUCUCGUCGUUCUUCCCUGAUUACAAGGAGAGGAUUGCUAGGCAUGAAGCAGCGCAUUUUCUAGUUGCGUAUCUCCUCGGGCUUCCAAUUUUGGGAUACUCGUUGGAUAUCGGAAAAGAGCAUGUGAAUCUCAUAGAUGAGAAGCUGGAAAAGCUUAUAUACAGUGGGCAGCUCAAUGCCAAGGAACUCGACAGGCUGGCAGUGGUGGCUAUGGCCGGAUUAGCAGCAGAAGGCCUCAAGUACGACAAAGUGGUUGGGCAAUCGGCCGAUCUUUUCACCCUCCAGCCUUGUCACUUUGUGUGUAGAGAUUCUUAAAUCGGAGCAAGCCUCAGCUCAGCAAAGACCAGCAACAGAAUCUCACCCGAUGGGCUGUAAGUCUUUGAGCAGAGACCGACCUAUCAUCUUCCCGUUUUCUUCCUUCUUCGGGCUAACUCGUGAUGUUGAAUUUAUGCAGGUUCUGCUUGCGGGGUCACUGUUGAAGAAUAAUGUCUCCCUUCAUGAGGCCCUGAUGGAAGCAAUGUCCAACAACGCUACAGUGUUACAAUGCAUUGAAGCUAUAGAGCGAGCUGCCUAAACAACCAUGAGUAUAAACAAACUCCCUUUAGUUGAGAACAUCUCCUCAUACAUUUGUCAUUUGAGUUCAAACUCGACUCAAGUUCUGAACAUUCGAUCGAGCUUUGUUAUUAUUCGUACACCAAAGACCUGCAGUCGCUUAUUUCAUUCUUUCCCUGUUGAUA